AUGAGUGUGGAUUGGCUUGGCUACAGCUACGCAGCACUGGUUGCUUCAGGUGGAGUAAUCGGCUAUGCAAAAGCAGGCAGUGUUCCGUCUCUAGCAGCUGGUCUCCUGUUUGGUGGUUUGGCUGGGCUGGGUACUUACCAGCAGUCGCAAGAUCCAAAGAACAUUUGGCUGUCUCUGAUUGCAUCUGGAACCUUGACAGGUGUGAUGGGAAUGAGAUUCUAUAAUUCCAGGAAAUUCAUGCCUGCAGGGCUGAUUGCUGGUGCCAGUCUAUUAAUGGUGGGGAAGCUGGGACUGCAGAUGAUGGAAAAGCCCCUUCAGCCAUAACU